UUAAAUACUUUACAAGGAUGGAGAAUGCAGAGAUUAAUGCGUGAAAAUUCGCCCAUGAUCCUAAGCUCCUAGAAAAUGUAACUGGGUGCUGUUAUUGAUGCAAAUUUGAAAGAUUAGAAAGCAAUCAAUUUUGUCCAAUAUUUUUGUGGUAUUCAUCAUCAGUGUAAGUGAAUCAAGAAAUUUGGUACACACCAUAUUGCGCCAUUCCUGCAUUUGGCCAUGAAAUGCAAUUAAAGGAAAAAGUAGGUAAAAAUAGCUACCUGGAGUAGGUUUAAGUACCUACGUAGCUAUAAGUAGCUACGUAGGUAGAAAUAGUCUUUGGACUGGACCUGUUUACAUGUAGAUCCAACAUGCUGAACAAGAUUAAUGGAAUUAUAUGAAUUAAGUGAUAUCUGUCUGCAGUUGGGAGUAGAACACAUCAGUGUUUUGAAAUUAAGAUCUUGUUUACCCCUUAGAUUCCCCAACAUACUUGGAGAUGUUUAAAUACAUAAAUGACAGGACAGGCUUUGACUGAAUGCCAGCUAGGUGACUGUCUCACACCUAGGGCACCAGGAGCACAAGGACAUUCUCACACACACAUACACAAAACACGUGUAUGUGGACACGUGCAUAUUUAAUUGUUGAUAAUGCAUCAGAUGCCUUUCUGCAGUAAUCCACAGUUACAUCUGUUGUGUUAGAUUUGUUGUGUGUAUGCAAGGGUAACAUUUGCAACUCAUUUAUACACCUAACCUCACAGGCUGGCAGCUCCCUCCUUGAAAACCUGAUGAUAGGAAAAUAGUUUCUUGUGUAUUACAAAGAGAACAUGGAAUGGGGCAAUACGGUCUCCACCAGUGAAAACCCAUCUGCUGCUGACUAGGAACUCACGAAGCUGUCCAGAUCCAACUAAAGAAAAUGACUAGUCAGGUAAAUGCAAACCAGGAACUUUUCUUGGACAUCCUCACAAAAGAGGAAAAAGAAGCCUUACUCACCAAGAAAAUGGAGGAGAUAAGGAAAAAAAAUGAGGCACUCAGAAAGAGGCAUGAGGAAAUAGAAGCCGAAAAAAGGGCUGUUUCUGGGGGCACCAAAAAGGCAACCUCCCCUCGAAAGGAGUCAAAGCCUCUUCCUGGGGAAGAAACAGCCAAAGAAUCAGCAGAUGGUAGAAAAGACAAACCCAGGCAGCAUAAACCUGCCGGCCGGGGAAAACCCCCCAACAAAGGACCUAGAGAAGCUCCUAAGGCUCAGGAUAUUCGAGUUGUACGCAAUAUAUCUGGAAAAGACGGAAGUAUUGACCGUAGCAUUCAGAUGGUUGAGAACAAUGAUGGAGCUCACCGGAAACACUCCCAACAUUAUAAAUUUCAGAGGCCUGGGUCACAAAACUUCCCUGAAGAAGAGGCAGAGGAAAGUCGACAAUGGGCAUCUCCCCGGUAUCAACGGCCAUUGUCACAUGAAAAGGCAGGGGAACAUAAUCAUUAUCAAAGGCACUCUUCUAAUGAAGCAGAAUAUCCUCACUAUCAGAGGCACUCAUCUAGUGAGGAAGCUCGUCAUCACUAUCAGAGGCACUCGUCUAGUGAAGAAGAUCAUCGUCACUAUCAAAGGCACUCAUCUAGUGAAGAGGAACAGGGAAGAAACCAGCGCCGUGGAAAACGGUCGCCAAAAGACACUCAAAUUGAGGAGGUCUCAGAUGGAGCCUAUGAAGCUCUGAAACGACAGCACCAACAACUCAACUUCCAACCUAGAAAUCAAGAGUUUCGAGAACAUGAUUUCAGGAAUAACAGAGGCAGAGGGAAUAGAAGGUACCAGAGACCUCAUUUCCGAAACGGUGAUGCACGUCAAAGUUUUGAGGAUUGCGAUCAGACCCUCAACAGUGGAUACCAGGAUAAUAGGCAUCCACAAGAUGAAUCAGAGUUUGAACCUCAAGCAAAACGCAUUCAUGGUGGUAUGAAAGGAUUCUCCAGGAGAGAAAACAAGGGAUACGACUUCUCCAGAAGCCCUCUUGGGCCUCCACCAGACCCCGCAUAUAACUUCCUGUCUGACAGAUAUCGUCAUGGUGACAGGACUCCAGAAAAAGUAGAUCCCUCCCGACGACACCCCAAAAACUAUGGAGGAGAAGAUUUCGGCAAUGUGAAAAACAGAAUGAGGAAAGAACGGGAAAAGCAGGACAGAGGCAGAGGUGGCCCUCCACGUAGUAAAAUGGAAAUGGCUAUGAACAUGACUGGAAGAGAGCGUAGAGAAUAUGUAGAGUGGAAAGCAGAGAGAGAAAAGGUGGAUCAGGCCCGCAUUGACAGACAGAAAUUAGCAACAGGAGAGUGGAAACGGGAAUGGGACAUCAAAAAAGACCUUACCGAAGAGGUCAGCCAGCGAGUGGAGCCAGGAAAGCGACCAGGUAAUUUAGGCGUAGUCAAGAGAACCACAGCUGGCCGUAUUGGCAGUGGUCGAUUUGAUCGAGGAGAUCGAGAUGAGCGUCUGCUAGGGCCUGGACGCAAGGAUUCCAAAGAAUCUGGAGGGAAACCCCAAGCUAAUGGUGUAGGACAGGAACGUUUGGUAGAAAAAGAAGUUACAUCCCCUCGCCCAGUGGGGCGGGGCAGGGGGCGAGGGAGGGCCCGAAACAAGGGAAGUAGCAUUGGAAAUGACCCAGGUCGAGUAAGGACAUAUUCAGGAGAGGAGAGACAUGUUGAGUGCAAGAAGGACCUGCUGGUCAUUAAGGUAGACAACACGCCAGGGAAGAAGUCCGACCAAGUGGAGGUGGAGUAUUCGGAUGGGGAAAAUGAACCGCUAGGUGGAGACCACCCAGCAACCCAGCCGAAGAAAGCAGGACCACACGCUGAGGAGCUGUGGUGGGACGAGGAGGGGGAUGACAUAGGGCUGGAGUUGCAGGGAAUCACAGCUGAAGAUGAUAUCUUUGAACAAAGAGAGCUGUUUGAUGAUUAUAUUGGGGAUGAGUAUAACAAGGAUAGCCGCUUUGAGGAUGCUCCUGGACGAACAAGUCAGGGAGAUGAAGAUGAUUGGGAGGACUGUACAACGAGUGAAGACUUCUCCACUGACAGAAGUCAAAGCCAAACAUCAGUGUCUGAUGAUUUGAACUCUUCCCUCAGGAUCAACCUUAAUCCUGAUGCGCCUGUCUUUACGCCAGCCUCACCAGUAUCACCCAGCCCACUGGCAGCAAAAGUCAGCAUGGAACGAAAGCUUGAGGAAGCAGCACAUAAACAGAAGAAAACAAGAGAAAAGAAGAAAGGUGGAGAAAAUACUCUCUCAAAUGAUGGAGAAGAAAAAGCCCCACUGGACAGCAGAAACAAUAAAAUUGAACAUUCCAAAAGUGACACAGAUCACGCAGACUCCACAAAGGCAGCCCCAGAGCCUGAAGAAUUGGAGUCUGUUCCCUCUGAGGAGGAACCAAAGGGUGAGGUAUCUGAGGAAUCAAAGUCCCAGACCACGCCCAACGAGUCUGCCAUUGAGGCAGAUACUAGCCCUGAGAAUAAGGGCAAUGCUGAUGAGAAUCAGACACAGUGUGAUCCUCCCACUGAGGAACAACCUGUGGAGGAGGCAGCUCAGGAAGAGACUGAGAAGAAUUCUCUAGACGAAACUAGGGAUGAUAAAGAGCAGGAUACAGAGACAUCAGAGGACACCAAAGAAGAGAAAGAUGACAGGGAGGACAAAGAAGCCACGCCCACUCCACAGAUGGAGGAGGAGGAUGCGUAAGGACUACCCAAUCGCUGUCAUUGUUAAGAUUUCUGAAGACAAGACAGCAGUCAUCAUCAUUUUCGUCAACCAUCCUUCAGGUGGUUAAUUUAAGAAGGAAGAACAACGUUGAAGUUUACAUAUGAUUAACAUGUAUUAAUUAUCGUGUUAAAUUAGCAAGUAGAUUUUACAAAAGCAUCCACCUAAAGGUUUGUUAAUUGUCAUCAGUGGAUUAUUAAAAGUGAUUAGAAAUUUUAAUUGAUUAUUUUAAAACAUCACAGAAUGAUAUCAUUUUCUAAUAACCAAUAUGUUUAUGUAUUGAAUUAAAUAUAAUCAUACUUGAAGAGAGGGUUAAAAGUGUAUUGUGUAAAUUUGUAUUCACCAUUGAAAAUUUUAUGUAAAAAGUUACAAAUAUCUUAAUAUAUAGGUUAUUAAUCUGUUGUAUUGUCCCAAAAUUAACAACUAGUAUUUGAUGUAUCAGUGAAGCAAUGCACUGUUGUCAUACAAACAGGUUUUACUCAUAUAAAUGAAAUUUAAGUCUGUUUUCUAAUGUAUGAAACACUGCACUCUGGUAUCAAGAAUAUUAUAGUGUACAUUUUCAAACGAUCAAAUGAUUUUAGAAGAAAAUUUAUGUUAUGAAAAGCAUUUAUCAAAUUAUUGAUGAAACUUUUAACAUAUGUACUAGUGUUUUGAAAGUUGACAUGGAACUUUUUCCAUGCUUUACUCCUGCUAUAGUUAUAUCAGAGGGCACCUGCUGUUCCCGGGCUGUAGCUUACUAUUAGGCCCUGGAGGGUGUCUGCUGGCUUUUCUGCUGUAGUCAGCUACUGUAUGUAGAAGAGCUGGUGUUCUUUGAUUGUAGCUUACUGUCGUGUUCUGUGAUAAUGUAGCAGUGUAAAACUGCCUUUAAAUUCUGUAUGCUACUUACUAUGCUGUUGCUUAGAAAAUGCCAAAGUUUGAAAAUGAGAAAUUUUUCAAGGACAUAUUUAGGCUUGUUUUGUGUUGUGUAAAUGUUCCACUCCAUGGUAGUUUAGUUGCCAAGGAUUUUUUUAUGUACUUUUCAUGAAUUAUUUACUGAACUAGAUUUUUUAUCAAGCAUAUAUGUUAUAUAUAUUAUGGUAGUAGACUUUGGGCAUAGAUGUUAAUGGAUGUGAAAAACCUGCUUUCUGUUUCUUCAAAACUUUCAGCCAUACAUGAUGUGCAUGAUCAGUUGUAAAUGCCAUAUGGGACUUUUAACAAUAUAUUUUGGUGCUUUUACUACAUAUCAUUUCACAGACCGAUCAUGGAACUGCUUUGACGUAAAUAGUUGAUGCCAAAUAUGAUUGAGAAGACAGUUAGUCAGUGGAAUAUAUAUUAAUUUUGAAAAGUUGAUCCUUUUAUAAAAUUUUGUUAUUAAUAUAUUAUUUUUGUUUGUUUUUGUCUCUCAAUCCCUCCUUUCUUUUUAUUUGUCUGUUUAUUAUUAUAUGUUUUAUUGUCAACUAAUUCAGUUCAAAUAUUAACUGGUAUUUUGUUGGUGUGUUUAUUUAUGAAGAAUGAGUGUUUGUUUUAUACAAUGUGAUUUUAUAAUAUACUUAUUUUAUGAUAUAAAUGAAUUAUAAGAAAGAAAAGAAAGCGAAAAAAAAUUUGCAAAAGAUAAAAAUCUAACCAAAAAUUGGUAUGUAUUAGCAUAAGGAAUUCAGCAUUUGUAUCGCCAUCAGAUGGACAAUGGUCUAUGUGUUGUGUUUGCAACAUACUGAAUAGGAAAAUCCUUUUGACAACAUUCAAAAUGGGGAAUUAAGACAUUGGUGAUGAACACAAGUGGUAUACCACUGGGGGAUACAUUCCCGUAUUUUAUCACUUUCAUUUUCAUUAGACUUGAGAUAUGCAUCAUGCAUUAAUUUUUUAGGUACAAAAUUUGAAAAUUACAUCAAUAAAAACUUGUUAAAAGAAGUGUACUCACAUUUUACAUGAUCAAAUUUGCCAUAUGAGAUUCAUGUAAUGGUUUAUAAUGAUAAUAAAAAAGAAUGUCAUCUUA